GCAUAUCUCAUUCCAAGAAACAUCAUGGCUGAGCCGGACUACAUAGAAGAUGAGGAUCCUGAACUAAUUAGGCCUCAGAAACUGAUCAAUCCUGCCAAAACCUCCAGGAACCAUCAGGAUCUUCACAGAGAGCUUAUGAAUCAAAAAAGGGGUCUUGCACCUCAGAAUAAACUAGAAUUGCAGAAGGCGAUGGAAAAGAGAAAAGGCAAAGUAAUAAAGCAGAAGGAGGAAGAAGCACAAAAGAAGAAAUCUGAAUCUGACUUGGAACUAUUGAAAUGGCAGCAGAAGCCAGAGCAGCUUGAACUUGAGAAGCAGAAACUCCAAAAAGAGCAAGAGAACGUACCAGAGUUUGUGAAGGUGAAAGGUAAUCUCAGGAGAACAGGCCAAGAAGUCACCCAAGCCCAGGAGUCCUAGGCGGAGGCGCACCAAGAGCCGUGUCCUGCCCUCCGUCACCGCACAGAGCCAUGUCUG